UUCGAUGGGGCUUGCUUAUGCGUUGCGCGGUGGGAGAUCCGAAGAAGGCGUCAUGUUUGUGACGAAUGCGGAAGGCAAGUAGUCUGAAUUCCAGAAGACCGGGUAUAAAAACCUUGGAAGCACCAACGGAGAGCAUAUGUUCGCUCAGACUUGUGCAGGAAGAAGCAGUCAUGAAGGUGAUCGUGCUCAUUGGCCUAAUUGCCAGUGCCCUAGCCGGCAACAUAGGCCACGUCGCUUACCAUGCUCCUGCUGUUGCUGUCGCACGUCCAGCGGCCGUUGCCACCACUACCUACCACCACGCCCCAGCUGCUGUUGUGGCCGCCCCAGCUGCCGUGGCCACCUAUCAUCAUGCUCCAGCCGCAGUGGUUGCUGCGCCAGCUGUACACUACGCCCCACAAGUUACUAGCUACGUCUCCAGGCCUGUAGCCGUCUCUGCUCCAGCUGUUACCUACAGCGCACCAGCUGUCGCUGUGGCUCACCCAGCUGCUGUGGCCACAAGCUAUCACCAUGCUCCAGCCGCUGUCGUCGCUGCUCCAGCAGUCUACUACGCCCCACGGGUAACCAGCUACGUUUCCAGGCCCGUAGCCGUAGCAGCCCCAGCUGCAGUGUCCACCACUUAUCAUGCCCCAGCUGUUGCUGUUGCCGCACCAGCUGUCGCUGUCUCCCGGCCAGCCGCCGUAGCCACCACCACCGCGGUUCACCAUGCACCAGUUGUUGCUGUAGCCGCUCCUGCCGUUGCCUACUAUGCACCAGCAGUUGCUGUAGCUCGUCCAGCUUCCUUUGCUGUGGCUGCUCCAGCUGUCGCUUAUCACGCUCCCGCUUUUGUUUUCUCUCGCCCAGCUGCCGUAGCCACUACUGCAUACCACCACGCUCCAGCUGCUGUCGUGGCUGCUCCAGCUGUGUCAACCGUCAGCCUUGGCCACCAUGUUCUCGGUGGAUACAACUACGGCCUCAGCGCGUACAAGAUCCACACGAAAUAAGGAGUACUACUUUAUCCAUAUCACUUGCAGUGUGACUGAGGAAGUACCUUACAUGUGCAAGUGAUCAUAGAAACAGCGCACACAUUCCUCACGGACUGUGUUGUAUAGACAAGAAGCUAUUUAUGGUUGACUUCAGGCAAUCAAUAUU